AUGUUUAGAUGAAGAUCGUUAAAAAAAACAAUGGAAUAUUUUGCAAUAAACAACUCUUUAUUCAAACUUCCUGAAAAGUGGAAUUUUGCUGCGAAAUGGCUUGGCCCAAAUUUGGAUAAUCUGAAAGUAGAUAUAGAAAUUUCCCUUAAAUGGCGCAGUUUGCCAUUGAUUUGCCCACUGAAAAAAUUUUUUGGUUCGACCAGUGCCAUAUGGUUUGGUCAAACCAAAAAAAAAUUUCAGUGGGCAAAUCAAGGGCAAACAGUGCCAUCUAUGGGAAAAUUCUAUAUUUAA